AUGGCCUGUAAGUUUCUGCGCGCGCCAGGCAUGGCUCUGCCGGAACUGGGCCAGCAGAUCCCAGAGGCCCUGAAGGGAAGGGGGCUGCCCAGCUCCGGGGCCUGCGGGGGAGGGUCCGCGGGGACAUGGCUGCGAGUGCUUGAGCCAGUUACUCAGCCUGUCUGUGCCUCCGCCCGUUCCUCAGCUGCGAAUCACAGGAACCCCUCCUGGUGCACUGAACUUCAACCGACCCUACCAGAGAAAUGCAAGACCCUGGUGGCCCCGGAGAUCAGCAUCUCGCUGUCCGACGACUUCCUGGACACGCACAACCUGGACAUGAACGUGGACAACAUUGAGACCCCCGACGAGAUGGACUCGCUCGAGUUCCUGGGCAACAACAAUGAGCUGGAGUGGGAAGAUGACACCCCGGUGGCCCCCGCCAAGAACAUGCCUGGGGACAGUGCGGACCUGUUUGGGGACGGCGUGGCAGAGGACAGCGGUGCGGCCAACGGGCGCCUGUGGCUCACGGUCAUCAUCGGGGAGCAGGAGCACCGCAUCGACCUGCACAUGAUCCAGCUGCACAUGAAGGUGGUCACGCACGGAGACAACAUGGUGAUUGGCCCGGCAAGGAGCCAGCAAGUGCUGGAAGAGGGACUACAGAACAGCCUACGAGGACAGAAAAAGCAAGAGGAGAAAGUGGAGAAGCCGGAGAGGAACCUGGCCCAGCCACAACCAUUUCCAUAGAGAUAAAAAAUGUCAGCGCUGACAGGGGCGGGAAAAGGUGGCAACUGGUAGGCGGGAUGUGGCCAUUACCUCCAGCAGAGCUCGUCAGGGUGUGCCCUCCUGCUUGGCCCGGCCGUGGGCAUGGAGGUGAGCAGCCCGGCCCUCUAAAGGAGGAUGGCCGGGUUCCGGCUCUGCACUGGAUCCUCGGGGCCGGUCAGGGUCCCUCCUCCUGCUUGGCCAGGCCUUGGGCAGAGAGGAGAGUGGCUUCUAUGCACUGAGAGUGCUGCCACUGCCUAUUAGCAAAAGAAGGUGCCGGGUUCAGCCUUCGCAGCCGCUUCCCUGUCUGUGCUCCAGGCCAGCUACACCCUCUUAUACAUUACCUCCGAAUUUGGCGCCAAUGCGGCCUUCAAACAGGGUCCAUGUCUGCCAUGGGCAGCAUGCAGGAGUCUGGGCUCUUGCAGUGAGCGGGAGAAGGGAUGGUCUGCGUUGGAUGCGGAGUACACCUGGGGUCACGGGGAAGGAAGCUGGUUUUGUCCGCGAAAGGUCGAUUCAUGGCCCCAGUGCCAGGUGCAGUCAGGGCCUCCACAUUGGGAGAAGCCUCCAUGUUGCUCUUCCCAGACCCUGGGGCUGGGCAGCUGAGCACGUGAUUGGCUGAAGCGCAUGCGUUGGUUCAUGUGGGAGUUUAGGGUGAACUACAAACGCUCAAACUAGACAGGGUCAACAAAUGCAACAGUCAAAUUUUCCUCUGGUAGCACUGUUUUCCAUAUUUUAUAUGUGAGGUGCCUAAGGGAACACAAUAUCUGUAUGACAAAUCCUUAUACUCUCCUUUGUGGUUGUGUACUCUGAAAAAAUUGCUUUUAAUAUUAAAUAUUUCUUCCAGGUGUAGUGUUAAAAUUAUAUAUGAAUGGGGAUUUUUUGAGACAUUAUACUUGUGCUAGCUUUUAUAAUAAUAAUGUGUGAUGCUUAGUUUUCUGACUUUUUUAUGUAAUAGUAGCUGCAGCAAUGAAGCACUAUUACUUUCAUUUUACUGAGGUUCUGCAACUGGCCCAGAUGUGAAAUCUGUCACAUGUUAUAGGUGCAAUAAAUGAAAACAUGGCCAUGAGCUAACCUUGGACAAUCAUCCAUUCAGAGAACCAGCUGUGUCAGUUUACCAUAUUUGUAACCGUAUUCAGUGGACUUUACUUUAGAGGUUAGUUUAAUAUUGAAAAUAUUGUUAGGGAUUCAUAACCUUGAUUGGCUUGCCCCGCUUUUGUUCCCCUGAAAAGGAUGCACACAUACAGAUUAUGUUCAGUAUCAGAACCUAAAGGCCUCUGCCAGCUGAGGUCAGCAAUGCUGUGGACCAUUUGCUGUUGCUCUCCUGUUUUGACUGGAAGUCUUUUUAAUGAGAACUUUAAAUGGGUCUGUGACACAUGAUGAGUUUUAUGGUAAGAAAUACAAGUUGAAUGGACAUAUGUGUACUCCUAUUAAUAAGCAUGUGCAUUUCUGU